GUGCGGACUACAGGUGCACCGCAGCCUCUCUGGAUAAUGCUCCGCUCGUCGCUUUACGCAGGGCUUCCUCUUCUGCACUUUUUUAUAUCCUGAUCGUUUCCAGCCUCAAAAGAUGCCUUUUCCGCCUAUCAGCCUCCAGCAGAGGAUCUCCUCUCCCGGCAGGGAUCUAUUCGGGAAAAAGAAAGCCAACGCAGUGCCUCCUCAGACUGAGCUCAGCAGCAAACCCGGCAGGGAGAAAGCAGGCUCCGAGAAGGAGAAGCAGUCUCUUUCUUGGACGUCUGCGAAUCUAAGGACUUUGGGACGAAAAGCCCCGCAGCAAGAGAAGAGUAAAAGCCCAUCUCAGAAGGCAGGCUCCGGCCAGGAGAUCCAGGGAAAAUGCUCCUGGCUGUCGGUGCCCAAACCUCAGGACUCAUCGGAGGGAGUGAGGCGCUCCAGCUCCAUGGACUCCAGACAGCUCCACGGCAAAGAGGACGGCAAGAAGGAGAUCCAGUUUACCCUCAGCCUCACUCCUGAAGCCAUUCUUGUCAUCCAGAAACGAAAUCUCGAAAAGCAAAUGAUGGCAAAGCAGCAGAAGUGCUGCGCAUCCACCGACUUUCGGCACAGGCGAGUUUUUCCAACCAAAAAGGCGCACGGAGGCUCCAAAGGCCCUGUAGCCAAAGUGGAGAGCGCAGAGCAGGACAUCACCGCCAUCGUAAAGAUCUCUCUCCUCAAUGAUCAGUACAAGUAUGACGAUGUGGAGUAUGAAGAGGAGGAUGGAGACGUGGAUGAGACAGUCGUGAGGAAAUGCAAAGAGUGGCUGAAAGGAGUGGAAAACGCUGCAGCUUUGGGAAAAGUGGACAAACUUUCUGCACUGCCGCACCUUAAAGGCUGCUGACACCAAACUUUGGAUCUUUAUCAACAGCAGACUGAUAAGAUGGACUCAUGCAAAGUGUGCACCAAUGGAGGCCUGCUGCAAAGGCAGUUUAAAUUUGUGUCAUGUAAAUUGAACGUUUGCAUUAGAGGGGGGGGGGGUAUGGAGGACUAUUAGUGCCAAAUAUGAAACAGAAAAACUGAGGAAGGUGGUUUUUCAUUGCAAACUGAGAAAAGGUCACAGAAAGUCAAAGUGUCAGGUAAAAAGGUGUUUUAAAUCCAAAAGAUGAGAUGAAAGUGCAAAUGAUGAGAGGAAAAAGUUCAAAUGUCAAGUAAAAAAGUCAGCAUUGUUUCUUUUUAUUUCAAAAAUUCAACUUUUUUCCUCAUCAUUCCAACUAUUUUUCUUAAACUUUUCACUUUAUUUUCAUUAGGGUGUUUAAUUUUUACAAUUUUUCUUGACAUUCUUCAUUAUUGCCAAUUUGCCUUUUCUCAAAGUGCAUUAAAAAAUCUUCCUCCUCUUUUUUUAUGUCUCAUUCCUGACCCUAAUAGUCUUCUGUAGAAAUGCCAAAUUUCUUUGUAAUUACCAUCCAAAAUCAGUGUUACCUUAAAAAAGACGAUGAUCAACGUCAUCUAAAAGUAGAUAAGCUUUGAAAUCAGAUUAAAUUUGACAUUAAAAAGUGGUUUAAAGCUGCCUUUGGCUCAUCCUGCAGCGCUUCUUAAAGUUCCAGAGGACUUUGCUUUGCGAGUCGAAUGCCUACCCGAUGUUCUGUUGAAGUUUGAACACCUUAAUAUCUCGUCCUUUGCACAUGGUUUUUGUUUUCAGUGUGGCGCCGGUGGAUUGGCAGGGGGGUGUGCGUAAAGGGACGUGAAAGCGCUCCUUUGUGCUGGAGAACAAUAAGCUGUCAACAACAUGGCUCUCUGUGUGCGCCUGCUGCUGCUGAAACCAAACUGGACUCUUUAUGUUUCCUCUGAUCAGAGGGUUAUAUCCUUUGUAGGGAUUUAUCCGUCAUGUACAGUAUUUAAUAUUGACUAAAUAUUUGUACUGUCAAAUGAUGAUUUGAAGUAAACAUGUCAUUUUCUAAAUUA